GUCCACCAUUUCCGUCACGGUCCGGCUGAGUUUCAAACUUUGCACUUUUUAGAGUUGAGCCGUUUUGACUGGAAUGUGACCGCAUCUGAACAUUGACACCGAACUUUUUUGCAUGAAAACGAAUCGCAACUUCGCCCUUAACCGAACCAGCCUAAUUAAUUCUGAGUUUUGUCCUAAGACCGAGACACCGCUGCUUCCUGUCACUGUUUGUUUGAGUUGAGCGUUCACUGAAUCGAGCGAAAUCGUUUCGUGUCGAUUUUUCAAAGAUGCACAAACUGAUAUCAUGAGAAGAUGAGGCCGGUUCUGUGGGCUGUGGUUUUAAUACUGUGGAGACUGGAGAAGACGUGUGGAAGCGUUGUGCUGUUCACAAAACACCCGACCAACCAGACAGUGUCCCAGGGGAACGCUGUGAGGCUGGGCUGCGCCGUCCAGGGGGUGACGGAGCCAGACAUCGCGUGGCUGAAGGAUGGAGAGAAGCUCUACAGCACCGACCAGAUGUUCAUCACUCUGGGGGAGCAGCACUGGGAGACUUUUCAUAGUGUAAAGUCGGUCCAGCAGCAGGACGCAGGUCAGUACUGGUGUGAGGUGGAGUUCCACGGUGUGAUGUUCUCCUCUGAACCAGCCUGGAUCACAGUAGAAGGGGUCCCUCACUUCGUCCAGGAGCCUCAGGAUGUGGCCACGUUUGCCAGCGUCUCUUUCAAUCUCACCUGUGCAGCGAUCGGCCCACCUGAGCCUGUGGAGGUGCUGUGGUGGUUGGGUGGCGUCCAGGAGGGAGACCCCAGACCAUCGCCCUCCGUGCUUCAGGUCCAAGGUAUGAACAGCAGUGUCAAGUUUUACUGUGAAGCCAAGAACGCCAGAGGGGUUUCAGUGUCUAGAACCGGGACAGUCCAUAUUAAAGUGUUGCCAUCAGCUCCAGUUGACCUGCGGGUUAUUAGAAUGGUGGAGAACAAUGUGACGUUGUCGUGGAAACCAGGAUUUACGGGUCACUCUGAGCUGUCCUACUGCAUCAUUCAGGUGUCCAGGCGGUCUGCCCGGAGGUUGGACCUUCCUCAGCAGGAGGUUCUGGUUCCUCCCUACCUCCAGGUUCUUUCUGGGCUGAGGAGUCACUCUAGCUACAGUGUGAAGGUGUCGUGUGUGAAUGAGGUGGGGCCGUCUCCUUUCUCCCCCUGCCUGCACUUCCAGACUCCUGAGUCAGUGCCCUUGGAAGCCCCCAGGAACCUGACCUUUGACCUGUCGGACCAGCAGCUGUCUCUGAACUGGGGGAAGCUUCAGGAGGACGAGCUUCAGGGGAAACUAUUGGCUUACAAGCUGCAGUGGACUCUGGGAGGAGAGGCUCAGGAGCCGUUGCUGUUUAAGGAGAACUCAGCUCAGCUCUCAGGAGGAGGACGUUUUUUUAAUGCCUCGUUUCAGGUCUCCGCCUGCACUGCAGUGGGUUGUGGGCCCUGGAGCCCACAGGUGCUGGUUCUGCCCGCAUCAGUGCAGGUCCAGGUCCGGCGGACACACAUGUGGGUUGGCCUGCUGCUUGGUCUGUCGGUGGCCACCGUGAUUGGACUGCUGCUCACCGUCGCCGCUCGUCACCGAGUAAAAGAGACAAACUUUAGUUCAGUUUUUAAGAGUCCAGGUCCAGAGAUCUUGGUCUCCUUCACAGCAGCUCGAUCCUUCAACAGAAGCGGCGCCGACCUGCAGGAAUCCACACUGGAGAGUCUAGGCAUCAGCAGUGACCUGAAGAACAAGCUGCAGGACGUCCUGAUUCCGGAGAGAUUGAUGACACUGGGACACAUGCUGGGGAAAGGUGAGUUCGGCUCGGUGCGUGAGGCCUGCCUGAGGGUGGAUGAUGCGUCUGUGCAGAAAGUGGCCGUUAAAGUGCUAAAAUCUGACAUCACCUCGUCAGGUGACAUUGAGCAGUGUCUAAAAGAGGCGGCCCACAUGAAGGAUUUCCAUCACCCCAACGUCAUCCAGCUCAUCGGGGUCAGCCUUCACCAACGUCCCGGUCAGCGCCUGCCAAUUCCGAUGGUGGUUCUGCCGUUCAUGAAACAUGGAGACCUGCAUACAUUCCUUCUGCUAUCGAGGCUUGGAGAACAGCCGUUUGACCUGUCCCUGCAGACCCUGGUUCAGUUCAUGCUGGACAUCUCUCGGGGGAUGGAUUAUCUGAGCUGCAGGAGCAUCAUCCACAGAGACCUUGCUGCCAGAAACUGCAUGCUGAAUGAGGACAUGACUGUGUGCGUUGCUGACUUUGGUCUCUCCAAGAAGAUCUACAGUGGAGACUAUUACAGACAGGGCUCUGUCUCCAAGCUACCGGUGAAGUGGAUCGCUCUGGAGAGUUUGGCUGACAACGUGUACACGACCCAGAGCGAUGUGUGGGCAUUCGGUGUGACCAUGUGGGAGGUAAUGACUCGGGGUCAGACUCCUUACCCCGGGGUGGAGAACUCUGAGAUCUAUGAGUACCUCAUCAAAGGAGAGCGGUUGAAGAAACCCCCCGACUGCAGAGACGACAUAUAUGACAUCAUGCACAGCUGCUGGAGUCCGGUUCCUAAAUGUCGUCCCAGUUUCCAACAUCUGGUCUCACAGCUGGAGGCGCUGUGGCUCUGCCUGUCCCCAGCUCCCCAGCUAAAGGAACCUUUGCUCUACGUCAACCUAGAGGGGGAGGAGCAGGAGUCAUGCAGGGAGGUGCUAGGAGGAGCUAGGGCCCCAGGGCCAGAGGAGCAGGGCAUGGCAGCGGCGCUUUGCUGGAGCGUCCCCUGGCGGCAGCGAGGACAGGACGAGGAGCAGGACUGGCUGCCGCUGGGAUCCAGGGCCGGGAUGGUCAGCGGAGGAGACUACAGGUACCUCAUCAGCCCCUGUGGAGGCCCCGAGGAGGAGGAGGUGGGAGGAGGGAUGAUGAGAGACACUUUACAGGAGGAACUGAGGGACGAAGAUGAUGACAUCAUUAACGUUUGAUCAUACAGAGCUUGUUAGAGAGGAACAGCAGCAGAAUGAGGCUCCGAGUCGCCACUGGGCAAAGUAAUCUUAUUACAUGUUAACAUGUAACACUGAGGGUUCUGAUGGUGUUGGUACUAACCCAGUCACUCACUAACAAACAGAUCUGAAGACUUUAAUGACAGCACUGAAAUAUUUUGUCAGGUCUGGGCCAGUGAACCUGUGUGACCGGUUCAGAACCAGAAUUGCUUCGCUUCAGUGACCUGGCCUGUCACAGAUUUGUCAUUGGGUUGUUGGGAGUUUUGGAUCCUUCUAAUGUUCAGCUGUCCACGUGUUAGAUGGUUUUCUGACUGUGCGAGUUGCCAGAACCACCGGACCUCUGCAGACCAAAGCUGCCUGGGGAUCGUUUUAACAUGGUGAGCUUCAGCUUCAACAAAAAUCAAAUAUUUUUUUGUUUUGUUCAGAUUCUUUCUUCUGAAGGACGCAGGUGAGCUGCACAAGUGACUUUCUUUCCUGAGAGAACAAAUCUGAAGGACAGUUCAGAGAUGAAAUGUCUUUUAUUUUUAUCACAACAACGAUCACGUCCACAAAGAAACAAAUAUAAACA